ACUUUUAAAGAAAUAUUCAUAUGUUUGAAAUUUGAUAAAUAAAUUUGUAGGCAAACUAGUAGGAUCCUUGUCAACUCUUUUUUAUGCUGUGACAGCUCUGUUCGUAACCUAGCUGCGUUUCAAGACUUCUGUUGGCAUCUAGAGCUCACAAUGAUUUUGAAGAAUAUCAAUUAAAAGUGCAGGAUAAUUUGAAUUUUAACUUAUCAAGUUUUUGUGCCGCUUCUAUAAGAUAAAAAUAUCAAUAAUUUAAAAAGAUCAAUAAAUAUGGGAAACUCUGCGCUAUCCAGGGUGCAGAUGGAAGGCGUCAAAACCAUGCCAUCUGAACAUGCUAAGCAAAUGGCCAAUUCUGGUAAGGCACCGCCGCCCGAAUGCCCCAUGCAUCAGAAACAGGAGGGCAAUGAUUCGGCAUCUGCGGUGCCACCACAUCCUAAGAUGCAGCCAUCUGAGUGCCCUGUAAAGCACGACAACAGCGAUGUCAACCCUUUGAAUAUGAUGCCCCCCGCGAAUCAGCAGCCGGCACCCGAUCAACCCUUUGCACUUCCCACAGAUCGGCAGACAUCGACCAUACCAAAGGUAACCGAGGACGGAACCGUACAAUUUUGGCAAUAUCCUAGCCAACAGAUGUUCUGGAAUGCAAUGCUGCGCAAGGGCUGGCGCUGGAAAAAUGAAGAUGUCUCUCAGAAAGAUAUGGGCGACAUAAUACGCAUUCACAAUGCAAAUAACGAGCAGGCCUGGCAGGAGGUACUUAAAUGGGAGGCGCUACAUGCAAAAGAGUGCGGCAACCCGCGCUUGAAGAGUUUCGGUGGCAAGGCCAAGGACUUCAGUCCACGUGCACGUUUUCGCAGCUGGCUUGGUUAUGAGCUGCCUUUCGAUCGCCACGAUUGGAUUGUCGAUCGAUGCGGCACGGAUGUGCGCUAUGUUAUCGACUACUAUGAUGGAGGAUUGGUUGACAAGGACUACCGCUUUGCUUUAUUAGACGUGCGCCCGGCAAUGGACUCGGUUGAUAAUGUUUGGGAUCGUAUGCGUGUUGCCUAUAUGCGCUGGAAAUACGAAUUAUUAGAGAAGCUUGGCAGCAGCAAGGUACCUGCCGGUAGCGAAUAGAAAACUGUUUAAGGAGUGUACAAAAUUGGUCUAAGUUAUUAUCGAACCCAAAAACUAUACUGUCGGCUGCACUGCAUACAUUAAAGUUUGGUGCUGCCAUUUAAAA